AUGUGCACACAGGAGUGCCUUGUCCUGGGACAUUCAGAUAACUGCUGGAUGCCCCCCACAUUAGGAACAUACCAGCAGCCAAAGUCCCCCAUGUCCAGCUUUGGAUCUCAGCAGGAGUGGGGUCCAAAGGACAAACUCCUUAAUGGACACACCUUGUCCAGAACCUGGAAAAACGAGAGCGGACGCAUAGAGCACUUUGGUGACAGGAAGCAGUUUGGGAGUGGAGAAGGACACUUUGGCAGUGGCAUGGCUGAUAUUCCGCUGGUCAGCCUGAAGUCCUGCCAGUCGGCCUCAUGUCCGGACAGCCCAAAGGAUCAGCCGUUAUAA